AUGUAACUAAAGCUAAACCACCACCUGCUAGCUACUACCUAGUACUUACUACCCAAACAAAUCAAAGUCCGAGGCUACACGAACAUACUAGCGGCAAUGGGGAGGCAGCCGUGCUGCGACAAGGUGGGUCUGAAGAAGGGCCCGUGGACGGCGGAGGAGGACCAGAAGCUCGCCAACUUCCUCCUCGGCAACGGCCAAUGCUGCUGGAGAGCCGUCCCCAAGCUCGCCGGGUUGCUCCGGUGCGGGAAGAGCUGCCGGCUGCGGUGGACCAACUACCUCCGCCCGGACCUCAAGCGCGGCCUGCUCUCCGACGAGGAGGAGCGGACCGUGGUCGACCUGCACGAGCAGCUCGGCAACAGGUGGUCCAAGAUCGCCUCCCACCUGCCCGGCCGCACCGACAACGAGAUCAAGAACCACUGGAACACGCACAUCAAGAAGAAGCUCAGGAAGAUGGGGAUCGACCCCGUCACUCACAAACCCCUACAGCAGCAGCCGCAACGGCCCUCCGGCGGCGGCGACUCGAAGCUGCCGGUGGCUGAGGAGAAGGCCGUGGCGGUGGCCACAGAAAGCAGUCAGUCGGGUCCUCACGAAGACAUGUUCUGCUGCCCCGAAGAGGUCCCGACCAUGAUGCAGCUUCUGGACGACAUCAUCUUGCCGUGCGACGACCUCGUCGCACCGGCACAGCUCGACAGCAGCAGCUGCGCCACGGCUUCUUCGUCACCAACCGAGUCGUCUUCGUCUUCCUCGUCCAGCGCCUCGGCGUCAAGCGGCGGCGGCUUCGACGACGACUGGCUGCCGCAGUUCAUGGAGUGGCCGGUGGAGCCCAUGUACAUGAUUGGGCUGGACGAUAUGGUCGCCGCGCCAGCGCCAGAGCCGGCGCCGACGUCGGCAUGGGACUUCGAGGACCCCUUCAAUCCAUACCAGAGGAUCUCCCUGUUUGAUCACCAGGAGAUAUGGGCUUGAUCGACCGAGCACUUCGAUCGGAAUAUAUCUUACUAUUCUUUAUAACGACUCAAUUAACUACCGUCAUGCGAUUGCGUCCGUAUAUAUACUGCAAAGUAAAAAAAAAAAUCACCGACAGUGGCCUUAGAACAACACUUAAGAAAAUAAGUAAACGAAAUCAAGUGGUUCGGUGUUUGUGUGAGAGAGAGAGAGAGAUCGAGAGAUCGAGAGACAUGCAAA